AUGGGUUUUAGUUAUGAUAUUGCUGUGGAUCCAGAUGGGAUGGCAGGAGGUUUAUGUCUUUGGUGGGAUGACAGAGUCAAGAUAGAGGUGAGCGGAAAAUCCAAAAAUCUUAUUGACACCAGGGUGGAAUUUGUAGCAACAGGAGCAAAGUUCAGAGCCACUUGGAUUUAUGGGACGCCCUGCCGGGAGGAAAAAGAGGUUUUCUGGGAUUGGUUAGGAACAACUCUACAAUCUAUGGUGAUACCAUGGAUGUGUACUGGUGAUUUUAACAAAAUUUUAUGGGCGUUUGAAAAAAAGGGUGGGCGGGCUUUUGAUAACAGAAGAAGGAGAUAUUUACACGAAUUCAUGGAUAAGAUGCAGCUUAUGGAUUUGGGGUAUCAAGGACAAGCUUUCACUUGGAGUGGUAAACGAGCUGAUGGUGUGCUCAUCCAAGAGAGGCUAGACAGGGGCUAG